UGAAGUUAUUUCCGUCAGGUGAAAAGGGGAAGUCCCGGAAAAACAAGUGAAGUCCGAGUCAAAACAAGAAUCGAGAGAGAGAGCGAAAGGGAGACAGGGGGAGUGAGAGAGGAGAAGAGAGGUGUGAGGUGCAACAUGGCAGCAGCAGAAGACCGUCCGCCAACAUACCCCUGGCUUAAAGACAAGGUUUUAGGGACUGGCGGAUUUGGUACAGUAACAUUAUGGCGUCACAACGAUACUGGAGAAACUAUUGCCUUGAAAAAAUGUCGCUGGGGAACACCAGGAACUGGCACAGAAAAUAUCCUAACCCCAAAGCAUGUUGAACGUUGGGAAAAGGAAGUGGAAAUCAUGAAUCGCUUAAAUCAUCAAGCAGUCGUGAGAUGUUUCCCAGUUCCCGACGAGCUGACUGGGCCUCAGGGAGAUCUUCCCAUGCUAUGUAUGGAGUAUUGUAGUGGUGGUGACCUUCGCAAGGUUUUAAACAAGCCAGAGAAUUGCUGUGGUUUACGAGAGGCUGCUGUCCGUUCCUGCAUAAGAGAUAUGACUGAAGCUGUGGCCUACCUUCACUCUAUGCGUAUCAUUCAUCGAGAUCUAAAACCUGAGAACAUUGUUCUACAGGAUGUUGAUGGGAAAACGGUCUACAAACUCAUUGACCUUGGAUAUGCCAAAGAGUUAGAGCAGAGCAGUGUCUGCACCUCCUUUGUUGGAACACUCCAGUACUUGGCUCCAGAAUUGUUCCUCAGCAAACGAUACACUUGUACUGUUGACUACUGGAGUCUAGGUCUUGUUACACAUGAAAUUAUUACAGGAAUUCGUCCAUUCCUCCCAAAUAUGACUCCAGUUGAAUGGAUGAAGCGUGUACGCACAAAGCAGUCCCAUCAUGUAUGUGUAUAUGAAGGUCGCAAUGGAGAAAUUCAGUUCAGUUCCCACAUGUUUCCAGAAUGUCAUAUCUCACAGCCUUUGAGAACAAGAAUAGAGGAGUGGUUGCGCAUCAUGCUGGAGUGGGACCCUGUUUUGAGAGGCCAGGUGCUUGACGAGGAUUCGGCAAAGCAGUUUGUGGCAUUCAACAUGAUCAAUGACAUUUUAAACAAGAAGAUGAUUAAGGUGUUCGUAGUGGACUUGUGUCGCUUACUGGAAUAUGAAGUGACAGAGUCCACAUCCCUGUCUGAGGUACAGCAGUGGGUUGCACGUGACAGUGGUGUGUUGGUUGAUGACCAAAGGCCCCUACUCCCACGGGGGCAGCCCCCUGACCCCACUAGACCUGCCAUCCAGUGCUGGGCCCCUCCGGAUGAAGAUGAAUGGUUGUUGUAUAUUUUUGCCGAGGGCAUGACUCGACCGCAGGUACCACCACACUUUCCACCUUUGGUAGAGGCAAUGCUAAGAGAACCCAGAACAGCUGUAGAAUACCAGACACAGCGUAGAAUGUGGGCACAUGCAGUGUUCUUCCUUCAUCGGGAAGCCCGUCUCCUUACCCUGUUAACACAAGCGCAGAAGGUCUCAAUGCUUCAUCUAAUGUCUGGCCAUGCUCAGUUAACCAAAACUGGCCAGAGAAUGCUGAGUGACAUAGCAAAACUUCAGGCCCGUCACCAUCUCUUCAUGGAAGCGCUCAACACAGACCUUGACUACUAUGAUGAGCAGGCUUCUUCAGGACGCCUUACCUCAGAGAAGCUAUACAGUGGCUGGAGAGAGAUGGGAGAGGUAACCCUAAGACAAGUACAUGCUGUGGUGGAACGUGUCCAGCAACUAGAAGGCUCACUCACUGCCCUAAACACCCGUAUCCUGGAGUUACAAUGUUCACCAUUUGCCCGAGCAAGAGCUAUUGAUUCUCUGGAUUCUGUAUUAACAGCUGGAGAAGACCAUUAUUGUAAUCUGAGAAGAAGGAAUAAAGAGCAGCGUGCUACACCACAUGAUAAUACAGACAUGUGCAAGUUGCUCCUACAGGCUUUGAGAAAAAGGGACAGAUUGCAACAAGAUCUUUACAAACACGUAGAGAAACAGAGUGAAUGUUGCAGUGAAGUAGCUGCUCUCUCUUCACCAUUAGAAGCUGUUUUGCAAGAUGCAGCAAGAACCGCACAACACAUAUCUUCACUUCAGAAACAACGCCAGAAGGACAUUUGGAAAAUCAUGGAAAUUGCGAUUAACCACAGCCGUACUGUGGGGACAGCAGCAGGAAUGGUCCAGGCACCCCAGCCCGUUCCUAAUGCUUCACAGUUACCAAAGAAACCCCCAUCACCAGCAGUUUUGAGCUCACUCAAUAAUUUGCUUGAAAAGUCAAAGAAGGAAUCAGAUGCAAUUAUAGCUGAAAAUCGUGCUCUUCGUUGUCAGAUGGUUGAGAUGCUCUCAGGAAACGUAAACUCCAACCUUGUAAUAGGUGCAGCCAGGUCCCCAACUGCCCUGAGCCCUCCAGUCACAGCAGAUGGCCUCAUGUUGCCGCCAGCCUUGCCCGAUAAGAGGACACCAUCCCCAACAAGUCAAGCAGCACUGAAUAAGAAGGCAGUUGAAACUUCCUUGUAGUCUUCUGCUGAAAUAUUAUUGAUAUGAAAAAUUUAAUAUGUUUACUUUACAUUCUGUAGGUAUCUCAGUUACUGAACCUGCUCACGGACUAGAAAACUGAUAAUAAUACUUUUUACAAGUGACAGGUUAGGAGUACUUACUUAAUAUAAAGUAGAAAAAAUUGUGUCCUGUAUGGAGAUAUAUCACGAUAAAUCUUGUACCAUAUAAUUUAUUUACAAUAUAUUCAACAUAAACAGUUUAUCAAUUACAUAAUUAGAUUGUUAUUGGAAAUAUCAUAGUAGAUAUCUAUAUGCAGCAGGAACUGCUUUGUUAUGUCAUUUGGACACCUGUGGAAACUAAGAGGCACACACAAACAGAUACUUGCACACACAUACACACACAUAUGCAAGUGAUCAGAUAGCUAUUUUACUUAAGAAUAAAAAAUAGUGACUUUUUUAUGAUGGUUAAUUUUGACUAGCUAAUGUGUGAUAUGUGCUGUAUAUCUUAUAUUUUGGGCAGUUUUUUUCUUUUUCUUUUACUUUUUCUUUUUUUUUUUUCCUCAUGCAUUCAUUAUUGCUGUAGAAAUAUCUCACACAAGUUUGGGAAUUGCUAGGCAUUCAAAUGUAUAUGACUGAACUUAGUGUCUCUGAUUUGCAUUUCUUGCUGGCCUGGAAUUAAAUUUAGCAAUUCUUUAAUUAAGGAAUGUUUCUUUUCCAUACAGGAGAAUACAGGCCAAUUUAAUCAUUUAUGAAUGUAAAUUAUAAAAUUAAUAAUGGAAUGAUAGUGCUUUACAUUGCUGGUGAAGGUAUAGUUUGAUUGAUCACUAAUAGCUUCCAGCUUUUAUUCUCUAACCCAUAGAUCAACUUACCCACUGAAUCUUUAGUAAAACAGUGAAAAAGCAAUUGUAAAUAUACAGUUCAACUUAUUAUUUUUUGCCACAAAGGUGAUAUUUAAAUACAUGUGACAUACAUUAUAUGCAUUUCUUUGUAUUAAAAUUACAGAGAUUUUCUGCACAUCAGCAUAGCUUUAUGAGAGAUAUGGUCGCUUUGUUAAAAUUGUCCGAGCCCUGACCUAAUGAACAUUCAUAACACUGACAUGCAUAUUCACAGAAAUAAAUGCAUAUCUACUGUAUAGGUAGAUAUAUAUAAAUGUGUAUAUACAUAUGAUAGAUAAACAUGGGUAUUUAUUUCUGUGUAUAUGCAUGUUUGUGUAUACAAAUAUUCAUUGAGUUGGGUUUCGCACAAUUUUCACAAGCCAGCCGAUAAUUUAGUGACUGACAGUGUUUAAUCAAUUUUUUUUUUCUAUUUUGAACUCAAAAGUUGCAUUUGCAUUGAUCUGAGAAUCUAUAUGUCACAUAAACAGCAUAAAGUGCCUUUCCAAAAGUAUUUAUUUAGGAAAUUAGUUUAUAAAGAAAUAUGAGAGAAAAUCUUCAAUGAAAGUUACAGUUAGAAAGAAGCUCAAUUCUUGUGUUCUAUUUUAUUUAUUUCAUUAUCUACAAAGGUGCAUGAUAUUAGGUGCCAAUUUGUUUCUCCAGCUUGUAUUUCCUCUUUUUUUCAGCCAAUUUGUGCAUGUAUGUCUGGGUGCUUGUUUGUGUGUAUGAGUGCAUCAUUGUAUUUGUAUGUGUUGCUAUUGAUGUGGGUGUGUAGAAAGAGGUAUGAAUGAGAAUAAAGAUCCUCAUAGAGCAAGAAAUGUAUUUGAUUGGUUUCGACUAUAUCUUCAUUAGAAAUACAGGUAUUUCUGACAAACAUACGGUAUUGUCAAAACCAUUCAGAUACAUCUUGUGCUGUGUAGAUAUUAAUUCUCAUUCAUAAAUUCUUUUGCAUUUACCACAGUGAACACUGUUAAUCAUGUGGAUAGGUGUACAUAAGCCUGUACAUGUUUUUGUGUGCAAUUACAUGUAUGUACGUGUGCAUAUGUGUGUUUUUGACAGACGUAAAUGAAAUGACUUCAUUACCUGGUCACUCUAUUCUUAAAACAGUUUUGUACUGAUAUGUUUUGAAUGUUUCUUUUGUCACAAAUGAUCUGUAAUGCAAUUAUACAUUGCUAUAUUAUAUUUACAAGUUUAUAUUUCAGUUUCAUUGGUAUAUGUGUUGCAAAAGGACAGAUACUUAUGUUAUUUUUAAAUUGUUAGUUUUUUAAUACAAUAAUAACUUGCUGAUAUUAUUUUGUGGAUAGUUAAUAAUGACCAUUUUUGUUUGGUGUCUGUGAUACCAAGUGUUCAGUAUACAGUAUAGUAACAUAAACAGGUGCUUGUGCAAGAACUAGUCUUGAAUAAGAUGUAGGAGUGUGAAUUCAUAACUUUUUCUUAAUCACAAAUUAGCACUUUCACAUGCACACACCCAAGAUGAAUAGAGAAAAAUGUGUCAUUAUAUAAUAAUUUUUAGCACAUAUGGCUUGAAAAGUAAGUAUUUUGAAAUUUUGCCAUAUUUUUUUCACUGUUAAAAGAUUUGAAUAAUUUUAUUUGUGUGAUGAAAAAAUUGAAUUCAUAGAUUUUAUUAAUGUACUUUGUACAUGUAAAUAUAGAUCCAUGUAGAUGAAUUGCGACUUGUUUACUUGAAUAUGCUGCAUACAAUAUCAAGAAAUUUUGGAAGGGAUAUGAUUAAAGUCCUUUUCAUAAAUUCUCUAUAUACUGUAUAUGUUUAUGCACAGGCUUCUGAUAAGUCUUUCCUCUUUGAACUGGGUAGGAUAUUGUUGCCAGUGCCUUUGCUUGCUUUCUUUUUUUUUUGUUUUGUUUUGUUUUUUGUUCUUGUGUCUAGCAAUGGGAUCAAAUAUUGUUCUUCACAGUGAGAGGCACACUAUAAUCAACAGAGCCAUGGCACUGACAUUAUUUCCAUGCUAAUGUGCAGUUAUAUGCAUAAUUUAUUAUGGUGUUUACCUAAUAACUUGUUUUAGUUUUUGUAUGGUAAAAAAUGGUAAUGACAAGUAUUCUCAGUAUUCUCAGAAAUAUAUGAGAGCUUUAACAAGAAUCUAGUAAAGAUAUUUAUUGUUGCAUUGUGUAUUAUUUUAUAAUACAAUAUUUUAGAGUCAUCAAUAGCAGAUAACUAAUCACAUAUCACUUGGUAAUACAGACAGCAGGGCAAGUACAAAAUGCGUCUGAUGACUACCCCCUAGCAAAGUGAAUAAUUGCAUUUUAGGUUGUGGAUAUCGUGUAAGCAUCAGACUAAAAGCAGUGUUGUGCAUUUUAUUUUUCUCAGUAGAGGUUAUGAAUAUAGUUCUGUGAGCUGUGUGACUACUACCUUGAUAAUUUUGCUGUAUUUUGGUUAAAGUAAUAACUCUGAGCUUAUCUCAAAGUAAUUACUUGUCUUUUUUUUAUUGGUCAUGUGAUUAUGUAAUUUGAUCUGCAACAAAAUGUAGCAUUUCUGUUUUUUAAUUAAUAUUGCAAAAAAAAUAUUGUAUAUAUCUGAUAGAAACUAAUAUUAGUAGAAUUACCAAUUUACAGAAGUUUUGUUGUCAGUAUUUCUUUUUUCAUUAAACAUCAGGUAUUAUUUGUGAGCUCUGCAACCUUAUUUGUAUAAUAUUUGAAGUUUUCCCAUCCUGUCAUGUUUAUUUCAUCUGUUAUUAUACAAAGUGAUGCAUUAAAUGUGAUACAGAUUUGUAAAUAUGUUAAACAACUAAACUCUCUGGAUUGUUUUGUCUAGUCAUUUUGUACUAAGAUCAUAUUAAUAAAUCAAGUGAUUAUAA